AUGCCAAUGGUUUCCCAAAGGCAAGUUGCCCAAUUUAUAGGAUUUUGUUAUUAUUGUAUUGACAUGGAUAUCACAGGAGGUCUAUGAGCCACUCUUUGAGGAGAUUGUUAAGUUAUGUCCCAAUAAAAUUCGAGGUAUAUGGAUCGCCGAUUGCGCCAAUCAAGGACUUAGCGGGGUUGUAAAUGAGGAUUUACUGGGCGAUGAUAGUUUGUUUUUCUUUGAAUGGCGAAAUAUGGGUAUGCUAAUCAUUUAAAAGCAUCUUGGUUUGAUCACUCCCGAAAUCUUCUUGGUAUGGUGAAUCACUUUAGGGAACGCAUGAUUCCCCCUAUCUUCGGAAUAGGUCAUAGCAUGGGGUGUGCUCAACUGUAAGAACCGAGGUCUAGAAAACUGUGCAUAUAGCUUACUUCUGUAGCGUUCGGUUAUCUAUACUCCAUCCUAGUCUCUUUUACGGAAUGGCUCUUGUAGAACCCGUCAAACAAAAGGCCUUUCCUCCAGGUCCCAACCCAGCUUUGUUCUCUAAUUUCCGCAGAGAUAUUUGGCCGAGCAAAGAGAAAUUCGAGGCUUCUAUGAUCAAAAAUCUGUUUUUUGGUUCACUUGAUGCUCGCGCGAUGAAAAAGUACCUUGAGUUUGGAGUUCGUCCUGUGCCAACUAACUUCUAUCCUGUGACGGGAACAGCUAGGAUUCCUGAAGGAGCAGUCACAUUAACGACGACAAAACAUCAAGAGGCUUGGUCCUAUGUUCGCGCCAAUAUUUUCCCUCUUUCUCCAAGUCCAGAUGACCCACGAGAACGCUUGAUUACACCCGAACUAGAUCCCACAGACGAAGGAAAAUUGAUUUCUACUCGACCAGAGUCAAUGUUGGCGUUACUUGAUUUACCUCAGUUGCGUCCCAGAGUGCUGUGAGUCUAUGGGUCUGAAAGUCCAAUCAAUUCAGAAUACUUGCAAGAAGAAAAGAGGAGGUUGAUAGGGAGCGGAAGAGGUGGUAGUGGAGGAGUUAACUUGAAAAGAGUUGAGGAGUGUGUUAUUGAGAAUUAUGGUCAUUUGGUUCCACUGGAGAAAGUGUCUGAGUGUGCGGGAAUCAUAGCAGAAUGGCUGGAGAAAGAAGCAAGAAGGUUCCUUCAAGAUGAAGGGGUUUUCCGCACGCACAGUAGACAAGUGUCCACUGAAAAUGGGCUAGCUGUCUCUAAAGAAUGGGUCAAAAUGGUUCAGAUGGAAACUGACUCCAGCCGGCCUCUCAAAGGAAAGCUCUAG